AUGUCGUCAAUCGAACGAAAGUUCUCAACAAUUCUUUAUACAUUGCAUGCUUGGCAAUUCAUCAGAUAUCUCAAAAAACAUGUGCACGUAAGUUAUCAUAAAUUAAGAAAUAUUAAAAAAUCUGCCUAUAUUUUUUAAAUUUAGAGAAGUCUUCGAGAUCCAGCUGUGGCUCAUACAAAAGCAAACAAAUUAAUGAAAGAAUGUAUUCGAAUUAUACUUUUGGCUGAAAAUUAUAAAACAAUUGAGGAAAAAGAAUUGUCAUCAAAUUCUGAUUUCAAAGAGUUGUUCAAAAAAUUCGAACUCCCUGGAACAACUCCAGAAAUGCGAAUUGAAAUUUUUCGAAUUGCCAAAGAAAAUGUGAAACUUGUUAUUGAAAAUGUUCAAACUAUAAAAGAGGUAAAUUAUCUUCAACGUUAAAAAACCUAUUUUGAUAUUUCAGUUUUUCGGAAAUUUCUCCACUUAUAUUCAAGACAUCGAACAUUCAAUUCAUGAAGAUUUCGAAGUAACUGGUUGGACAACUCGAGUUGAUGCCAAGGUUUUUCAAUUGAAAUGUAUAAGUUGAAUCAAUAACGUGUUUUUUUAGAUUGCUGAUGCUUGUCGGGAUCUCAAUGGAUAUUCUUUGACUUUAAUAAAAGCUGCUCUUAUGAUAUUUUAUGUAGAUUUUUCGAAUCGAGAUCGAUUGAGAAGACAAGUUGCGAGAAGUCAACAUGAAAGUCGAUAUGGAGGAAGAUCAAAGAGUUUGAGUAAUUGGCCAAGAGAAGUUUUCCGUAGAUUCAGUCAAGGCGGAUUGUUCAAUAGUUUUAGUACAAUCCCGAACAAUGAUGAUGAGGAUGAAGUACUUGUUGAAAGAGAUCGAGGAGAACUGAAUCCGCAAGUUCAGCAGAUGUCAAAUGCAGAUAGAAAUCGAACACGUCGAAUGUCUUCUGUUGGAUCAUCGAUUCCUCGAAGUGAUGUUGCUUUGAAUCCGAGUGAUAUUGAAGAAUUGGAAGUUCGUCCAACUCGAAGUGACGAUGACGACUUCUAUUAA